AUGGCGAACAACACAAAAAGGUACAAGCUCAAAGCAGGGUCACUGGGAUAUCUUGAAGGUCUCACCAUAUCUUCUGGAUCAGGUCCCGCUCUCCAUUACUUUGGAGGUCUGCCUUAUGCGCUCCCGCCAACUGGAGCACAGCGCUUUCGUCCUCCUCGCAAGCUCCCAACGACCCAUACAUAUGGUACCGAGGCCUGUCCAGGCCGCUUCGCAGGGGCCAGCAAGGUAUGCCCUCAGGGUCCGAGUCGAAAUCCACCCGAGCCUUCAACGAUAGACGAAGAUUGUCUACAGCUGAACGUCUGGAUCCCAUCUACAGAUGCACCCAAGGAGGGCUGGCCAGUCCUAUUCUACAUCCAUGGCGGAUUCUUACAAGUUGGCACAUCAAACUGGAAACCAUCUUCUCUUGUAUCACUCCUGGGCGAGUCUGCAUUCAAAGCUAUAGUGGUGGUUCCCACAUAUCGAUUGAAUGUGUUUGGAUUCCUCACUGGAGCAGCCUUCGCAGCCGAAGCUGAGUCUGGCGAGACAUCGGCUGUUGGUAAUAUGGGUUUCUGGGAUCAACGUACGGCGUUGGAGUGGGUUCACGCCAACAUCAGCAACUUCUGUGGCAAUCCUCACAAUAUCACCGUUGGCGGAUAUUCAGCAGGUGCUUAUUCGACGUUUCACCAAUUAGCACACGAGCUGUACCAAGUGCCUGCUGGAGACCAGAUCAUCAAAAGGGUGAUUAUGCUCUCAAACGGCCCUGGAGUACGACCAAAAACGCUGCAAGAACAUCAGGUUCAAUUUGAAGAGUUGCUCUGCAAACUUGACAUACCUGCAAACAUAAGUGACGCCAAAAAGCUCGCUUUACUUCGUGCAAUCCCUUAUCAACAACUUGUCGACGCUCAGAAGACGAUGGUCAUCUCGGAGUUCAAGCCGAUGGCAGACGGGAAAUUCUAUCCGCAGAAUCUGUUCACAAAUAUCAACAGCGGAGAUUUCGCCCGCAGGAUGAAGAAUCGUGGAAUCAAGCUCUUCAGUGGAGAGUGCCGGGACGAGCACACAAUCUAUCGGGUCUGGCGCACGCCUGAAGACUCCUUGAACUCAUUGCGAGUCCGCUUUUGCGCAGAGUAUCCCGCGGGCGUUGUUGACGACAUCCUGAAUCACUACUGCGGCUCUGAGGGCAAACUGCCUGGGAACUGCGAGAAUUGGCCAGAUUUGUUUGGCCGAAUAUAUGCUGAUCUUCAAGUUCAUGGACUCCAACGAGGAUUCUACAAUGCUCUUUUGGAGGAAGGGCUUGAGCCAGGCAAAGAUGUUUUCAGAUACAGUCUCCAUCGACGCUUGGACUGUAUCAAGGCCAUUCUGCCAGUAGAACUGGGAAUUACUCAUACUUCAGAUAUACCCAUUUGGCUUUGGGGCUACGACUUUCCUGAUGGCCUGACCGACCAAGAAAAGGUUUGGUUGAGAGGAUGGAACCAACAGUUUGCGGCAUUCGUGAAAGGCGAGGAUAUUGAAUGGGGUUGUACCAAAUCAAAUGAAGCGAGAAGAUGGAGAGAAGAUGGCGGAACAGAUACUUGGAAGGACUCAAGGUGGGAGGAGGGUCUAGCGCUGUGGAAAGUUGUCCACAAGGACUUGUAG